CGGGAAGAAGACGGAAGUGUGUGAGUUUGGUCGUGGAAAAAAGUUCUCAUAGUUAUUUACAUACCAGUGUAAAAAGAAAAAAGUCACACCUCACUCGUUCCUCCGCGGUUGUGGUAAAGUCAUUUGAAGACGCCAAAGUGACCAGAUCCUCUUCAGCAUGGGGAGCAAACCAGGCCCAGUUCAGAUCGUCACCGUGAGUAAGGAGAACCACUCCUUUGCUCUGGACACGGAGGCUUUGGCCCGGGUUCUGUUGGCCCCCGAGGUCAGAGACAAAAAUGUGGUGGUGGUGUCGGUGGCUGGAGCCUUCAGAAAGGGGAAGAGCUUCCUGCUGGAUUUCAUGCUGCGCUACAUGUACAGAAAGGAUGAUGAAAACUGGCUGGGUGGGGACGACGAGCCGCUGACUGGAUUUUCUUGGAGAGGGGGAUCUGAACCAGAGACAACAGGCAUCCAGUUGUGGAGUGAAGUAUUCCCUAUCCAAAAGAGUGAUGGAACAGAGGUGGCAGUAGUGCUGAUGGACACUCAGGGAGCUUUUGAUAACCAGUCCACCGUGAAGGACUGUGCCACCAUCUUCGCCCUGAGCACCAUGACCAGCUCCAUACAGCUCUACAAUCUGUCACAGAACAUCCAAGAGGACGAUCUGCAGCAGCUUCAGCUGUUCACGGAGUAUGGCCGUCUUGCUAUGGACGAGAUCUAUCAGAAGCCCUUCCAGUCUCUAAUGUUCCUAAUCAGGGACUGGAGCUUUCCCUACGAAUACACCUACGGGUUUAGAGGAGGCCAGGACUUCCUGGAUAAACGGUUGCAGGUUAAUGAGACCCAGCACAAGGAGCUGCAAACAGUGAGGGAUCACAUCCAUUCCUGCUUCAGCAACAUCUCCUGCUUCUUGUUACCUCACCCUGGGUUGAAGGUUGCCACCAGCCCUGUUUUUAAGGGACAGCUUAAUUCUGUCGCACCGGAGUUUAAAGAGCAACUGAACAGCCUGAUCCCUAAACUGCUGCAUCCCGAUCGCCUGUCUGAGAAAGAAACAAAUGGUAACAAGGUCACCUGCAGGGGCCUGCUGGAGUUCUUCAAGGCUUACAUCAAGAUUUACCAGGGAGAAGAUUUGCCACAGCCAAAGACUAUGCUCAUGGCUACAGCGGAGGCCAAUAAUCUGGCAGCCGUGGCAGCAGCCAAAGAUCAGUAUACCAAGAAUAUGGAGAGGGUGUGCGGAGGGGACUUGCCCUACGUGGCUCCCGACUCUCUGGAGGAGAAGCAUCACUUUUACUUCCGAGAGGCCCUUCAUAACUUCUCCAAGACCAAGAAGAUGGGCGGACAAGAGUUUUGCAACCGUUACCAAGCAGAGCUGGAAAAAGAGCUGGAGAUAAUGUGGCAGUCGCUCAGCAAGCACAACGGGGCUAAAAACCUCUUCAGUGCCUUCCGGACCCCUGCGGUGCUGUUUGUCCUGGUGUGCCUCCUCUAUGUGCUGUCAGGUGUGUUGCUCUUCGUGGGCCUGUCUACCUUCGCCCUGGUGUGUGACUGCUCUCUGGGCGUGGUCAUGAUGUCCAUGCUGACGUGGGCCUUCAUCCGCUACUCCGGUCGGUACCGGACUGUGGGAGGAGCCAUCGACCAGGCCGCAGGGGUCGUCCUGGACCAGGCCACCGUGGUGUUGAACAAGUCGAGGGGUACCGGCCUCGUUGACCUGAAGAAAACCAGAUAAAAGACCUGCAGGCCUUUUUUGUAACCUCGAUGCAAUGCAACCAGCACACAUUCAGCUCUAAAUUCUGCUCCUCCCAUUGAAACAAAGAUGCAGGUCAACCACAUCAGCACAAGUUACAAACACACCGUCAAUCCAUCAGCAUCUUAAUUAUGCCCGUUACUCUGCCGGCUUACGUAAUGGUGUCUAGAACUCACCGAGGCAGGGAGUCAUCCCAAUACUUCCUACCGAUACUUCAUGUCUUAAAUCGACCCUGCCAUCAUUUUACAAGUUAACAACUGGUCUUAAAAUACAUGUAGAUGUUUACACUUAACUUUCAAACCAUGAACAUGGCUUUUUACUUCUCAAACAGGGGUAGUCAGGGUGAUCAUCAAAGAAAGCUUCUGCCGUUUGUCUUAUGACCUUAAAGUGCUGACUUUAAAGCUUAUACAUUUAUACAUAUCACUUUGUGGCUUUAUGUCUUUACUUUGCGGCCUUGAAACGUUCCAUUCGGUUUGUAGAUUUGCUUUAUAUUUGAUAUCAACCAACAUUUCUACUUUGAAAGGAGGAGAGGAUGCGCACUUUCUAUAUAGCACAGAUGAUUUUGAAGGUAGCAUUUAAUGGGAGUUCAGUUGAAUCUCAUUUGUUUCAAGUGCUUUGCCGUUUACUCCUUGAUGGAACAUGUUACACUUUAUAGAUUUUGACACUUUAUACUAGACUUGUUUAGCAAAGUUAUAUAUAGGAACUUGUAUUUGAGACAUUUUUCCAUUCCAAAGACAUUACUGGAAUACUUAAAUAUGGUCCAUGCACAAUGUAAUAAAACUAGAGACCAGUCAGCCAAAGAGUUAGCUUUUGAAAUGUGAUUUAAACACAGUAAAAAAUGUUCACUUAAACACAUCUAGAAAAUAACAAGCAGGAUGUAUCAAUCCGUAAUAAGAAUACAAAGUAAAAAAAGUGACGGCGAUUAUGGCCCGUUGUCAAAGCUCCUUAACAUGUAAGUAAACCUGUUUGCACCUCUUAUCACUUGUUGACGUGAUUAUUUUAGUGACCAUUUGUGGCCUGUGCUAUCAGCUGUGAGACAUUUUCACAUCCUCCAUCAGAGGUUCUGUGGUAAUUACUAAACUCCACGAGAGAACUGUGUCCAUGUAAAACUUUAUUUUCAACGUGACCAACUUUGUCUGGUAAAAUGAUCACUGCUAUUGGCAACCAAUCCGGUUAAAAAGGUUGCGUGUGUGGGUCAAAGCUUCCCUUCGAGUAAAUUGUUUGCAUAACAUACAAUGAAACCAUUUGGCAGAAAAGGAAAAAUAAUACAUUUGGACUUGUUCCUUUGGUCCUCGUUUACCUGCAGCCGUUUAACCAGUCAGCUGUUCUUUUCCAACAUUAGUCAUACAUGGAAUUUAAAAGCCAGUGUACACAGUGUAAUUAUUGUGUUUUCCUUUUGAGCAUACCUUUAAGGCCAACUCGGGAUGAGCACGGUAUUGGAUUAAAGGAUUCUGAUUAUUUGAAACUAUGCCCAAAAUCUCUGAACACAGAGGCAGAUUCUUUUGGAAAGAUUUAACUGGAGAAGUGGGGGGCCAUGCCUUCAGUAUUAUAUAAUAAGUCUUAUAAAUGACCCAACGUUCUAAGGCGUGAGAGCAAAAGUAGGGCAAUAUAGUCUAAUUAUUUUGCAUUGUGUACUUCAACAAAUAACCAAAUAUGUCCUGCUUUUAAAUACAGAUUUGACACACAAAGCACUAAUAAACAUUGCAUUCAUCUCA